GCAGCAGCGAGCAGGCAGGCGCGGAGCUGCCCUUCCAUAGGAGCCGCCAUUAGCGCUGGGACCCGCUGACAGGGUCUCGGCGGCGGCGGCCGGCGCGGCGCGGGGAGCGGAGCAGCCGGGGUGGGUCCCCGUUUGAUGGAUCCCCGGAUAGCCUGGUUCCAGCCAGAGCAGCUCGGCCCCUCGAACCGCCUGUGGAUGCAGAUCUGGGAGACCACGCAGGGGGUCCGCAACCUCUACUUCAGCAGCAGCAGCAGCAGCAGCAGCAGGAGCAGCAGCAACAGCAGCAGCAGCAGAGCGCCCGCCGCGGCCGGCCCGGCCUCCCCGCCCGGCAUGUACCGCGCCCCCCGCGCCGACCCCCCGCCCGACUUCCUGCCGCUCGAGAGCGCCAACAACCCGCACAGCCGCGGGCACCGCCAGGCCUCGCCGCCCCCGGGGGCCGCCGCCUGGGCCCGGCCCGCGCGGGGGGCGCCGCCCGCCGCCGCCGCCGCCGCCAGCAACAAGAGGAAGCGCGACAACAAGGCCAGCACCUUCGGGCUCAACUACAGCCUGCUGCUGGGCCGCGCCCCAGCACCGGCCGACGAGCCGGCCGCCCGCGCCCAGCCCGGCCUGGCCGAGCCGCUCUACACCGGCACCCCCUGGAAGAAGAGGAACUACAGCCAGGGAGUCGUGGGUCUUCAUGAAGAAAUCAUUGACUUUUAUAAGUAUAUGUCUCCCAGACCUGAAGAAGAGAGAAUGCGGAUGGAAGUGGUGACCAGAAUAGAAAACGUUAUCAAAGAGCUCUGGCCUAAUGCAGAUGUGCAGAUAUUUGGAAGUUUUAAAACUGGUUUAUAUUUGCCUACAAGUGAUAUUGAUUUAGUGGUGUUUGGAAAAUGGGAGGCAUUACCGCUUUGGACCCUGGAAGAGGCUCUGAGAAAGCACAAUGUAGCAGAUGAAAACUCAGUAAAGGUUUUAGAUAAAGCAACCGUACCUAUUAUUAAACUGACAGAUUCCUUCACUGAAGUAAAAGUUGAUAUAAGCUUUAAUGUACAGAAUGGGGUAAAAGCAGCCCAGCUCAUCAAAGAUUUUAUCAAGAAAUAUCCUGUAUUACCCUUUCUAGUUUUAGUAUUGAAACAGUUCCUGUUGCAGAGGGACCUCAAUGAAGUAUUUACAGGUGGAAUCGGUUCUUAUAGUCUUUUUUUAAUGGCUGUCAGUUUCCUUCAGCUGCAUCCCAGGGAAGAUGCCUGUAUGCCCAAUGCCAACUAUGGUGUUCUUUUAAUAGAGUUUUUUGAAUUGUAUGGACGUCACUUCAAUUAUCUGAAGACUGGAAUCCGAAUAAAGGAUGGUGGCUCUUAUGUUGCCAAGGAUGAAGUUCAAAAAAGCAUGUUGGAUGGCUACAGACCAUCAAUGCUGUAUAUCGAGGAUCCAUUGCAGCCAGGUAAUGAUGUUGGGAGGAGUUCCUAUGGUGCCAUGCAAGUGAAGCAGGCUUUUGAUUAUGCCUAUGUUGUUCUGAGCCAUGCUGUUUCCCCAAUAGCUAAAUAUUAUCCUAACAAUGAAACAGAAAGUAUAUUAGGGAGAAUAAUUAGAGUAACACAAGAAGUGGCCACAUACAGAGACUGGAUAUCCAAGCAGUGGGGAAUGCAGAGCAGGACAGAGUCUUCGUGUAAUGGUAAUGGAGUAACCUUGAUAGUAGAUACUCAGCAGCUAGACAAAUGCAACAAUAACCUUGCUGAAGAGAAUGAAGCACUGGGAAAACCUAGAAAUAAAACUUCAGAAACACUUAGUAAACAUUCUUCAAAUUCUUCAUCAGGUCCUUUAUCAUCAUCAUCGUCUACACUGUCCAGCUCUAGUGAUGUAGAUUCUGAUGGAACACCUUGCAAAACCUCUAAACAAUUGAGUUGUCGUCAGUCUACCACAAACAGAGUGGGGUCACAAGAAGUGUCACUGGAAUCCUCCCAGUCGAGUGGGAAAACACAAAAUAGCCAAACAGCCAAUACAUCCAGCAACACGAACAAAUCUCAGCAUGGAUCUGCACGGUUAUUUCGCUCUUCCAACAAAGGCUUCCAAGGUCCAACAAACUCAAGCCACGGUACCUCAGUCACAAACAAACAACAUCAAGGCAGCAAAUCACACCAUCAGUUCUUCCACGGCAAAAAGAGGAAACACAAGAGGGAUGCGGCCCUGUCAGACCUUUGUAGAUAGUUGCCUACUUUAUGACUGUUCUUCUGUGUGCAAUGAUCUCAUGCUACAGGAUAGUUUGAUAGUGACUCCUUGGAUCUCUUCUGGAGCUUCAGACUGUUCAGACAUAGAUUAGCAACUGCAUUUUUUUUUUCCCAGCUCGCCACGGAACGGAACAUGAAGAUUGAUCACUGCAGAAAAAAAAAGAGGAAAAAAAUAAAAAAAAAAGGAAAAAAAUGGAGAAAAAAAGGAAAAAAAAA